UGAAGUCACAGAGUUACAGGUGGCGAUAGGACAGAAGAGCAGAAGAGAAAGCAAAGCGAAAGGAAGAUGAUCAAGUCUACUCCUUUUUUAAUACCCCUCUCAACCGAACCCUCCUUUCUCCUUUCUUUCUUGUUGUACGACUCCAUGGCUGUACCUGUAAUGCGCUGUAUGAGCAAGCUUAACAUCAAGGCCCCACCUCCAUCACCCAUCCCAACCGCCACCGGCUCACGAUCCGCUGCCAACGAGAUCUUAACCGACUUUCUCGAGAAGUCGUUACAGAUCCCCGACCUAACGCUACCCGAGUGCCAGACACUCCGCCACCACGGCCUACCCGAUAAGGUCGAUUUCCAAUCCCUUGGUUUAAGGGAGGUGGGGUCGGUGGAGCGGUUUAUGCGAUCGGCACGGAAGUAUGGAGUGGUGGCGAUAGGGCGGCAUGGGAUCGAUGCGGGGGAGGAGGUGAGGGCGACGGUGAAAGAGGCGGCGAGAGUGUUCGGGGUGUUGGAAGAGAGAGAUACGGGAUACAGGAGGAAUUCGGUGGGAAAGAGGGAGGAGAUUGUGUGGGUUGAUUGCAAAGACGAGAGGAUGGAGUGGGCUCGCCAAUAUAUCGGCGUUCACUUGUAUCACAGCUUCAGUGAAAAAGUAGAGAAAGUAGCAAGUAAACUGGAGGAAGUAGCGGAAGAAUUGGGGAAGAUAUUGGUAGAAAAUGCAAGGCAGGUUGGCAGGAAGGGAUUUCGAAGAGGAGAGUCGGUUGUGAGCAUAUACAAGUACAAUAAUAAUAGUAAUGAGGAUAAGUUGGCUGACCAAGAUCCAAACGUAAACGAAGAAGAAAACGGCCAUUGUUGUGAUUAUACAUUAAGCCUCCACCUUCCAACCAAGCACUGCCAAUUUUCUCUCAAAACUGGGCCUCGACUUUUAACUUUUGAUGUUGCUCCUGACACCCUUAUUCUCACCUUUGGACAUCAACUCGAGGAAUGGAGCAUGGGAGAAUUCAAAUGUGUACGGGGGCGAAUUAUUUAUCGACCAGAAGUGGGUGGAUCCAAGUGCUCUUUCUCCAUGGAGCUUAAGUGUUCAUCUAUAAACAUAACUCACUCUUACAAAAAAUCAACUUACAAAAUGAUCUCCUUAGCUGAUCAAUUCUUUGUUGCAGUCCUUAUUUUUUCCCUUUAUUCUAUUUUUAUGCUCAAAACCUCUCCAUGAUUUAGAUCAAGUUGCAUGUUUUCUUUACAUUCAAUCUCAAAGGCAUGGAAAUGCUUUAUCUUAUGAAGUAUUGGUUUGGGUAA